CCCAAACCCAAACCCCAAACACUUUUUGAAAUAUCAAAGAAGUCAAAAAAGGCAUUCAAUUUUCCAUAUCGGAGCUUCCGAUACUUGGAGAGGGGCCGGAGCCGAAACUGCGGCGGGAAUUAACCAAAUUUUCUACUAAAUAUCUUUGCUCAAUCACCAUCAAUGUCGCAAAGUUCCAAAUCCCCCAUCCAGUAUCGGGCUGUGCUGUCCAAAUCCAUGCCGUUUGAAUCGCAGUCGCACAAGAAGAACUACGCCGACGAGGUAACCAGCGCUGCUGCUUUCGAUGAUGCGUAUGCCAUUUCGAUGCAUUCCAAACAACUCAUUGAAAUCGAUAACAACGCUAAACCGCCAUUUCACUUCCAGCUUCCGGAUGCCAGGCUUGCCGUUAAAGAUUUCUUUAGGACUAGAGAAGUUGCUGAGUUUGUUAGUGGAGCCUUGGCAGGGGCUAUGACAAAAGCUGUGCUUGCUCCUCUUGAGACAAUCAGGACGAGAAUGGUUGUCGGUGUGGGAUCAAAACAAAUUGCUGGUAGCUUUAUUGAGGUCAUUGAGCAGCAAGGUUGGCAGGGUCUAUGGGCUGGAAAUGCAAUCAAUAUGGUUCGCAUAGUUCCUACGCAGGCAAUUGAAUUUGGAACAUUCGAGUGGGUAAAACGAACAAUGACUGCAGCACAGGAGAGAUGGAGUAAAAAGGAACGGUCAAGUGUACAUAUUGGCCCUGUCAAUUUACAUUUAUCACUCUCCUGGAUUUCUCCUGUUGCUGUAGGCGGUGCCGCUGCUGGUGUAGUUAGCACUCUAGCAUGCCAUCCUCUUGAAGUUUUGAAGGAUCGCUUGACAAUCAGUCCCGAGGUUUAUCCUAAUUUAAGCAUUGCAGUUAGCACGAUUUACAGAGACGGCGGCCUUGGUGCAUUUUAUGCGGGUAUUUCACCUACACUCGUUGGCAUGCUUCCAUACAGUACAAGUUAUUAUUUCAUGUACGAGACAGUGAAGAACGCAUACUGCCUAAAGAAGAAAAAGAAAUCUCUGAACCGUAUAGAGAUGCUUCUGGUUGGAGCUCUUUCAGGUUUCACCGCGAGCACGAUCAGCUUCCCUCUGGAAGUGGCUAGAAAGCGACUGAUGGUAGGAGCUCUACAGGGGAAAUGCCCACCAAACAUGGCAGCAGCAAUUACUGAAGUGGUCCGGGAAGAAGGCCUUAAGGGACUCUACAGAGGAUGGGGCGCUAGCUGUUUGAAGGUCAUGCCUUCUUCUGGCAUCACCUGGAUGUUUUAUGAGGCCUGGAAGGACAUACUUUUGGUCAACAAUAACCAUAUAUGACUUCUCCCAGCCCCCACACAGUUCUCUCUCUUUCUUUUCUCCUUUUGUCCCUUUUAUUUAUUCAGAAUACUAAACCUGGACCCACUAUGGUCUAAUUUUAAACGCCUGUUGGUGGGCCAGGGCAAGUUGAAAACAAGCCAAUCUAUGAGCUCCACCUGCCAUUCUCACUUGUGGAAAGUGAGCUACAAUUUUGGCCCCUUGGGGUGCCUGCUCUGUACUGAAUAAACAAUUUUUAUGAAAGUUUCUUUCUUAACGUGUUCGACA